GAACGAAGCAAUUUGUCGUCCUGGUAUCUGGGUCUAUGCGUCACAUAGCUUCCUAUCCUCCUCCCCUUUUUUCCCCGUCCCUCUUUUGAAAAGAGCUUUUUGCCUGUCACUAGCUCGCCAACCGGCUACUCAACAAGAAGCGCAGUUUCUUUUCUCGACUAACCAACUAACAAACACGAAAUGUGUGACGACGAAGUUGCUGCAUUGGUGGUUGACAAUGGUUCGGGAAUGUGCAAGGCCGGUUUUGCAGGAGAUGACGCUCCUCGGGCCGUCUUCCCUUCCAUCGUCGGACGCCCUCGUCAUCAGGGUGUCAUGGUGGGCAUGGGCCAAAAAGAUUCGUACGUUGGUGAUGAGGCCCAAUCUAAGCGAGGUAUCCUUACUCUGAAAUACCCGAUUGAACAUGGCAUCGUCACCAACUGGGAUGACAUGGAAAAGAUUUGGCACCACACCUUUUACAAUGAGCUGCGUGUCGCUCCCGAGGAACAUCCCGUUCUACUUACCGAAGCCCCCCUCAACCCCAAGGCCAACCGUGAGAAGAUGACCCAGAUUAUGUUCGAGACCUUCAACACCCCAGCCAUGUACGUAGCCAUCCAAGCAGUGCUAUCAUUGUACGCUUCUGGCCGUACUACCGGUAUCGUGCUCGAUUCCGGUGAUGGUGUCUCACACACUGUUCCAAUCUACGAAGGUUACGCCCUUCCUCACGCCAUUCUUCGAUUGGACUUGGCUGGUCGUGAUUUGACCGAUUACUUGAUGAAAAUCCUGACAGAGCGCGGCUACUCGUUUACCACCACUGCCGAACGAGAAAUCGUUCGUGACAUUAAAGAGAAACUCUGCUACGUUGCCCUUGACUUUGAGCAGGAAAUGGCGACGGCUGCUUCAUCCACUUCUUUGGAGAAGUCGUACGAGUUACCUGACGGACAGGUUAUCACCAUCGGCAAUGAACGCUUCCGUUGCCCUGAGGCCAUGUUCCAGCCCAGCUUCUUGGGUAUGGAGUCGUGCGGCAUCCAUGAGACGACUUACAACUCCAUCAUGAAAUGCGAUGUUGACAUCCGUAAGGAUCUUUACGCCAACACUGUCCUGUCUGGAGGCACUACCAUGUACCCUGGUAUUGCUGAUCGUAUGCAGAAGGAGAUCACCGCUCUAGCUCCCUCCACGAUGAAAAUCAAGAUCAUUGCCCCACCUGAGCGUAAAUACUCUGUCUGGAUUGGUGGCUCUAUCUUGGCAUCUCUGUCCACCUUCCAGCAGAUGUGGAUUUCCAAACAAGAAUACGACGAAUCUGGACCUUCCAUCGUCCAUCGCAAGUGCUUCUAAGUCAAAUGCAAAUGCGAGAACUGAAAGAUCAACAGCUGCAUCGCUUCCCAAAACAUCAGUAAUAAACAACUUUGCUACAAUUGCACCAAAUUACGUAGCUCGUUUUUUCCAUCUAUCCCUCUUUGUUCCCCAUUCCCAUUCAUAAUUAGGCAAUAAUUGUCUAUUCCUCUAUUUUUUUUUUGUCUUCUGGGCUGGCAACUGUUUCAAACUUCUUUACCCUGUUUCAAAUUUCACUACAUUGUGUACCCAUGUGGACGUGGGUUCCUAUACAAAUAAUAAAAACCACUUUUCUCCUAGUUCUUGUUCCCUAGUCUGGGCUCCUCCACCUGUGCGCCGGCGGCGUUGCUUGCUUUGUUUUUGCCACACUCGUUUUGCGAUAUCUUGUCACUUACAUUCUAUUUCCUUCCAAUUGUAUUUUUCUCUCCUGGCUAGGACCAAUACAGUAUAACAUUCCCAGAG